GCUAUAUUAUAAAAUGAGCUAAAUGUGUUACAGUUUGCUGAUAAGUAAGCUGAUUCUUUUGUUUUUCCCUCACAUGUAUAUACUUGUAUAAAAACGGAAUGUGUCUAUUAUUGUCAGAUGGCUCCCAAAGGCAAAAAACACAGAGCUAUGGGUGAUGAGGAGUGGAUGCCCCAUCUGCGUAGGUUUGCUGCUGUAGGGGUCUGGCCCGCUGAUGCAGGAAACCGGCCGGCAACACGCCACACCUCCACUUCAUGGGUCACAUCGGCUGCUACUGGAGCGAGAGUGUCAACUGCCUUGGAUACCUCCUCUGUUCCUCCUGCCCCUGUGGACUUUGCCUCUGAUGAAUGUGUCUCCUCUGCUGCAACAUCUGUGGCUGGUCCCUCAGCACAUCCUACCCCUGACCCUGAGCCAUUGGCUGAACAUCCGGUGUCUGCUUCUACUGCUGCUGCUCGUUCAGAGCCUGGCUGGCUGCCUGCAAAGCUGAGGAAAACUAUACCAGCUCAGGACCAGAAAUGGAUUUCAGCAGCUCUGUGGAAGCACCAUCGCUUGCGCUCUGACCUUAAGCUGUGGUAUGAUCCUCCAUUACCAGCGCUCAUUUACCAUCAGGUCCCCACUCCAGAGCCCUUUUUCACCCACCGACUUCUCCUAUGGAUGCCCUACCACCUGUGGAAGGUGAGGCUGUCCUGUCCAGUUUGUAGCAAACAGCUCACAGGCUAUAGAGCCCACAAGAGAGCCCGCCAGGUUCUGGAUGUGGACUCUUUUUACCUGUUAAUAACUGAGACCCUGUGGUGCAGUGCAUGCAAAACCAGUUACAUUUCCACCAGCAAGCCAAUAUUGGACCAGCUAGAUGUGCGACACAGGCUGGAGUUCAGACUGAUCCUGACUCAAAGAUAUGCCUGUGACAUACGGGUGAUUCGCUCUCUGAGGAAGAGGGCCCUGGGUAACAGCCCCUCCCGAUUGGUCAGGCAGCUGAGGGAAAACCACAGUGCGGAGUGGAUUAGGUUCCUCUGCCGGUACUUUGCCUCAUGCACAGACUUUGCUGAUCGGCAAUGCCUGCUCCCUGUCACGUUCCAGGAGCCGCCUGAGCCAGUGGCUAUCCCCUCUCACAGGUGGAUGCUACCUGUGUAUGGCAGAGACAUUUUGAGCAGACUGGACCGCAUCAAAGCAAACAUUACAUGCACUUUUGGAAGUGUCCUAAAAAUGGACUCCACCAAAAAGAUCACCAAGAAGCUGUCAGGCUUGGCAAAGGGGACUGCCUUGUGGCUUACAUCUGUGAGCAAUGAGGUGGGCCAAAUCCUCAUCAGUGUCCUAACUGCUCAGGAGGGUCCAGCUCUGGACAUCAUGGCAGCUGAUCUCAUCCGGAGACACAGCAAUGCUGGUGUGGCCCCUCCUCAGCUGCUGUAUGUCAAAACUGAAUGUUGUCGGGAGGGCACGGUACAGACCAAAUUAAAACAACGAUUUGGAGGGUGGCCAGACAUCAUCGUGAGGUUAGACAUUUACAACUUCAUGAGGCGACUGGCAUCUGGCUGUAUAAAGGAUGCUCAUCCUCUCUACCCCACCUUCAUGGCCAAAUUGUCCAGCUGCAUCUUUGAGUGGGACAGCAGAGAUGUUGCCUUGCUGCGGCGAGCCAAGCGGGCACAGCUGGUACGUGAAGGUGUACCGGGCAUUACUGACAAAAUGGUAGACCUCCAUAUCACCAAGGGCGAACUGGCCUUGUACUGCAGAAGGCAGACAAGGGGAGAGCAGAAGACAAUCAUCUCUAUUGAAUGCCUGCUCAAUGAGCUGAUGGGGGUAAAGGGCAGAGACUCUCUUGGUGUCCCUCUGUUGGACAAGGAGAGGAUGCAGCACAUCUGGCAUCUCCAGAGGAGGCAUGUCAAGUGCAUUCAGGAUGUACCGGGUGUGCUCCUCUAUACCCAGAUGGGCACCACCACCAAAGAGGGCAUUGUUCUGCCAAAAUACAGGUGUGCUCGAGGGUCCACAUCACUUGAGUCCUUCCACUCACACCUGAACAGGUUCAUUCCAGGGACGAGUGCCAACAGCCUUAAUUUCCAGCUGUACCUCCUAGAAGGGCUUAAUCGGUGGAACCAGGACCAUCAAGCUGCAGCCCUGGCAGGCAAGCCUCCCAGUAACUCAGGGGAACUUGUUCAAGGAGUCAACACCAACAGUGUGAAGGUGCAUGGAUGGAAAGUUGUGCCCUCUUUUCAGCCCCCUGCUGUUUACACUGGGGAGCUCAUAGGUAUUGAUUACCUGUACCGUCAGACCGGAAGGCCCCUGCAGGACGUACAGCCUGACUCAGAGGAGACCGACCAGAUGCUGGAGGAUGUCUGCCCUGAGGAACAGCUGGAAGAGGAGGGCUUUGAGGAUGUUGUCUUGGACCCAACCAUUGAGCGGCUGGACCUGUCCUCAGAUCCAUCACCUACCAGCUUUUCAACUCCCUCUUCUCUCCACCCUACUGCUGCUCCUCCUAGGCCUGGACGUAGCUCCAGUGCAGCAGCAUCUGAGCAUCAUCUGAUUGAGUAUGAGGACACAGAAAUGCCCCCUGGCCCAUCAGCCCCUCCUGCUGGUUCUCUACUGCCAGGUUCCACCAGGCUUUCAGCAGCUGUUUCUCCUGCUGUAAGGGCUGCUCCAUCAGCAUCCCGUCCAGCUCCUCCUGCUGGUUCUCUACUGCCAAGUUCCACCAGGCUUUCAGCAACUGUGUCUCCUGCUGUAAAAGCUGGUCCAUCAGCAUCCCCACCAGUCACUACUGCUGUAGCGCGGCGGGCUUUUCCGACCAAGGUGUUGCCUGGAAAGGUAGUGAACAAGAGAAAGUCUGUUCCUCCACCCGAAAACCCUCGUCCUCCAAAGGCUGUCUGCCCAGGAUUGCCUUCUCUGAGGCAGUUGGUCACACAGCAGACACGUCCACAUACCUCUGCCCCUAUGCCCGUUGUCCCCCCACCCAUCCCUUUCAGUGGCCCAUUUGUUUUUUUGUCCCCACAAGUCCUUACAGUCAGGUUGCUUGCUCCCGCUGGCCCCCUCCCCCCCCCACCUCCUGCCCGAAGACGGUAUGUUCGGACAACAGACAUAAACAAAUGCGGUCAGUGUCACCAGCCCCGGCUUCAGGAAAAUGGCCAUCGUCAAUAUUAUGGCUGUAUAUACUGUCCUUUUAAGGCCGACAUGCCACAUGACCAGUGGCUGGAGAACAUGCGGAGGAAGAGGGCAGCAAAGAAAUGAUUUAAUUCUUCUGGAGUAUAAAUAAUGUAUGUAUACAGUUUCAAAGAAAGCAUCGUUGCAAUAGUUCAGUAUUUUUUUCUUCGAAUGCUUGGUGGUUUUAGUUUUUUUUUAUGUUGAUUGGCCAAUACAUGAGGAUUUCUUUCAUUCUUUGUAUUUUUUUAAUUUAUUCUUUUCACUCCAGUCUGUUUUUUGGUCCAUUUAUUUCAUUCAUUCGCUGUUUCUGUUGUUUGUUGUUCUCUAUGUCAAGAUAUCCAGUGUUUUUUUUUAUAAUAAAUGUAUACACUUUUUCUACAGCACUAUCUUGUUUAUUUCUC